ACUGAAAGAUCCUAGAUGGAUGGUGGGCUGCCCAACAUUCGGUUCCUCAUCCCUUGCAAGAAGAGAAGCUUUACCCUGACGACCUCAAGUGACUGACUGUGUCCAAGCCUCUGGACUGAUAUUGGGGGCUCUUGUUGACUAUGUGCAGUGGGAGCCCUCAACUGAAGGCGGUCAUCCCUUGUCAUGAAUUCAGUACGAACAGAGAGUCUCCGACCUUGAACAGCUUUUAGUGGACAAGCUAAUCCAUGAGAGAGAGAAUUUAGAUGACUCUAAUCCAAAAAUGAAGAUACUGGAAGAGGAAAUUUUCAAAUUGAAAGAGGCCCAUAAGUCCAAGGAAAAUCGACUCCGGAGUGACAUUGAAAAACUGAAAAGUCAACUUUACCAGACAGAAUUAAAGUUAAUGGAGAGAGAAGAAAACUCCUUGAGAAUGGCUGACCAGCAUAUGCAACAUUCAUAUCAGCAUGCCAAGAUAGAGAAACUCAAUUUAGAACUAGCUGCUAAAAACCGAGAGAUACAAGAGCUUUCAAAGACGUUGGAACAUCUACAAAGAGAGAGGAAGGUGCUCCUUAGUAACAAAUCACAGUCAGAGAAAUAUUCACAACAGAAGUCAAUCAAGAAAUCCAAAAAAGACAAUGAGUGUGCAGAAUCUUUCCCAGCAACUUUAGAUGAAAAGGUUUACCAGCCGAGUGACUUUUCUGGCUCUCACAUCUCGGAGGUUCUGAAAGAAAAUGAUAUGCUGAAGAACAACAUCGAAAGACUAUCUUUGGAAAUAGACCAACAAAGAGCACAAUUAGCCCAAUUUGAAAAUGAAGCAAGGAGAGCACAAGGUGGUGUUGCUGAGCAUGUUGCAGCAUUAAAAGCAGCCCAUCAGCAAGAAGUAGAACAGAUAUUGACUCAGCAUGCACUGGAAUACUCCUCCUCGAAAGUGGCUGAAUUGACAAACAAAAUCUCUGCCCAAGAGCGG